UUAAAUCAUUAUAGUUUUACGCAAAACUCCAAAAAUGUGUCGGACAAAAGUAAUGGCACCCUCAGCCUAAUACUUGGUAGCACAACCUUUAGAAAAAAUUACUGCGAACAACUGCUUCCGGUAUUCAUCAGUGAGUUUCUUACAAUGCUCUGCUGGAAUUUUAGACCAUUCUUCUUUGGCCAACUGCUCCAGGUCUCUGAGAUUUGGCAAAUGGUGUUACACUUGUAUAUCGCCUUUCUACCCUUUAAGGCCCUCAAAGCGCCAUACACUGUCUACUCAUCUACCAACUGGUGAGGCAGCACCAGGAGCAACGUGGGGUUCAGUAUCUUGCUUAAGGAUACUUAGACAAGUUCAUCAGGGAGGAGAAUCGAACUCACAACCUCUGGGUUGGGGAACGACUACACUACCACUGAGCCAUCACCCGAUUUGAAAGGUGCCUUUUCCUAACUGCCAUUUUCAAAUCUCUCCACAGGUGUCAAACCAUUUUCUAGUGCUUAUUGAAGUGUGUUUUGGGUCAUUGUCCUGCUGAAAGACCUAUGACCUCUGAGGGAGACCCAGCUUUCUCACACUAGGCCUUACAUUAUGCUGCAAAAUUUGUUGGUAGUCUUCACACUUCAUAAUGCCAUGCACACGGUCAAGCAGUCCAGUGCCAGAAGUAGCAAAGCAACCCCAAAACAUCAGGGAACCUCCGCCAUGUUUGACUGGAGACAGUGUUCUUUUCUUUGAAGGCCUCGUUUUUUUCCUGUAAACUCAAUGUUGAUAGCUUUUCCCAAAAAGCUCUACUUUUGUCUCAUCUGACAAGAGAACAUUCUUCCAAAAUGUUUUUGGUUUUCUCAGGUAAGUUUUGGCAAACUCCAACCUGGCUAUUUAGAAUAGAAUAGAAUAGAAUAGAAUAGUUGACGCUGUUGUACUCUCAGACUGUAGGACAGCUUGAGUUUGUUUGGAUGUUAGUAGGGGUUCUUUAUCCACCAUCCGCACAAUCUUUCAUUGAAAUCUCUCCUCAAUUUUUUGCCCACAUCCAUGGAGGUUGGUUACAGUGCCAUGGGCUUUACACUUAUUGAUGACACUGCGCACGGUAGACACAGGAACAUUCAGGUCUUUGGAGAUGGACUUGUAGCCUUGAGAUUGCCCGUGCUUCCUCACAAUUUUGCUUCGCAAGUCGUCAGACAGUUCUUUGGUCUUCUUUCUUUUCGCCAUGCUCAAUGUGGUACACACAAGGACACAGGACAGAGGUUGAAUCAACUUUAAUCCAUUUCAACUGGCUGCAAGUGUGAUUUAGUCAUUGCCACCACCUGUUAUGUGCCACAGGUAAGUAACAGGUGCUGCUAAUUACACAAAUUAGAGAAGCAUCACAUGAUUUUUCAAAGGGUGCCAAUACUUUUGUCCGGCCCAUUUUUGGAGUUUUGUGUAAAAUGAUAUUUGUUUUUCCAUUCUUUUUUUUAAUUUUUUUUAUUGCAAGCAAAAUAAAUUAAGAUUUUACUACCAAAGCAUUUGUAGUUGCAAUCAUUUUCUGGAGGAAAUUGAGCAUUAUCUGACAGAAUUGCAGAGUUGCCAAUACUUUUGGCCAGUUGUGUAUACCAAAGUGUUCUACAGAAUACAACGUGACAAUCACAGUAAUACAAUCAAUUUUCAUGCAUGAUGCAGUUACGUGUGUAGGAGGGAACAUGUACAUUGAAAUUGACACUAGGCGUUACGGUGGGCAGGCCCUACUUGUGCAACAUAUAUAAUAAACAUUUCAGGUCAGUCCAGCUGAUCUAGAAGGAUUAGUUGACUGCCGCUAUAAUGAACUUCACUAUUCGACCGGGAACAAAAGCAGACUUUAAAGACAUAUGGAGACUGCUCAAGGAUUUGGCAAUCCACGAGAAAAUGCUUGAUGAAAUGAUAGUGACUUAUGAAGAACUGGAGCGGGAUGCCUUUAGCCAGGAACCCUGGUUUGAAUCCCUUUUGGCAGAAGUACCUGAGGAGAAUAAAGAAGGAUUCAAAAUAGUUGGGCUCGCAGUUUACUUUUACACAUACAGUACAUGGAAGGGCCGGUCUGUGUAUUUGGAGGAUUUGUAUGUGAUGCCAGAAUUCAGAGGUUUUGGCAUUGGAAAGAAUUUGCUGAGCACACUUGCGAAGGUGGUGAAAGAAAAACAUUGUGUGCAGUUGGAGUUGUCUGUGUUGGGUCAAAAUAAUCGUUCACGAGCCUUUUACUCUGGUCUAGGAGCUCAGGACAUCACGCUCAGGGAUGGUUGGCACUCGCUGCGUUUUGACGCACAAAGCCUCAAAAAUGUCAUUUUAUGA